GGGAUGGGGCGGAAUAAACCAUAAUGGCGAGUCUAUCCAGUGUCUUCACUGAGGUGGAAAGGACGAACUGGCUGAAGGCGUGGCUGGCAGUUGACAUUGCAAAGUCGGGUUUAGAGCCGUUCGUGGAUAAUGAAGCUAAAACUUUACACGCCAAUAUAUUAAAAGCUGUCUGGUCUAGUAGUCAGGCGCCAGCUGCAUGUAUAGGCUGCCAUACUGCAAACUUGCUGAAAUGCCCAACACUAGGCAUAUGCAAUAAACGAGGAGGACAUGGUACAUGUAAAUCUAUGCAUUAUAAUGCUGCGAAACAACCACGACCAUGUCCAGCAAAUGUAUGUAAUAAAGCCCAUGACGAAAUUGUUAAGCAACAUACAUUUAGUAUUCCGUCAUGGAAAAAUACUUCGGCGCAACAAUGGGCAAAAAAUCCAUGGGAAAUUGCCAAGGCAUAUUUCCCUCCAGACGGAUAUGCUGGAAAAACUUCAGUUCAAGAUACCGACUUCAACGGGCUCAUCAGCUUUAUGAUGAACUGCAAACACUUUAACAACAUGUUUUCAUUCGCCAUAGCUGUAGGAAAACAUAAUCCCCCUUGUCUACUAACAAAGGCGCGAGAGAUUGGCAGAACUGUCCGUCAUUCGUCGCAGUGUAAAGUAACAGAUCCAGACCUCCGGGACAUCUUCACAAUACUGACUAGCCUGCUGAGUGACCCGAAGUGUCUAUCACAUGACGUUACUGCACAAGAGGCUCUGAGGAAAUUAGCAGAGCUGGAACGGGAUACAUUGAGGAUAACCACGGAGGAGAUGAUUCAUCUACUAGAGGCUGCUCAAGAUACACUUAAGACAGUUGAACACUUUGCCGAUAAAGCUCUGGAUGAGAUGAAGAUGCAUCUUGAACAGUGUAGAAAGGAUCUCAAUGCACAUACGGACAAAUGUAAACAGGAACUUGAUGAGCACGCUGCAAAAUGUACAAAUGCAAUAGAUGAACAUGUGAGCAAGACGGUUGAAUCGACCUAUGAGCAAUCGCGUAAAGGUAUUUCUUACUUUAACUUCACUUUAUUUUGCCUAUCAAUAACUGCAAAUGCAUACUAAGGAUAAUUCCUCGUGUGUUUUAAUAUGUAUUGUCAUUCUCAGUAUACAUCGUUAGU